UCGAGGCUGUGCUGGGAAAUGAGUCUUCGUCAGACUUGAGGCCAGGAGGACAGGCACACGGAAGGGGACGAAGAAUCCAGGGUGUGGCAGAAGACUCUGAAGGGAAGCUAAGGGGGACGGAUCCAGCGAGACGUCGGGGGCAACAAACAAGGUUCUGAAAAUGGACCGACAUGUGAGGCCAAGAUUGGCCUCGCUCAGUGACUUUCAGUUUGGAGCUGUUGCCACAGAGACAAUCGAAGACGCUCUGCUCCACUUCGCCCAGCAGAAUGAGCAAGCCGUGCAGGAGUCUGCGGGCCGGAUGGGCAGCUUCAGGGAGACCCGGAUCGUGGAGUUUGUUUUUCUCCUGUCUGAACAAUGGUGUCUGGAGAAAUCCGUGAGCUACCAGGCUGUAGAAAUCCUAGAAAGGUUUAUGAUUAAGCAGGCAGAGAACAUCUGCAGGCAAGCCUCAAUCCAGCUGAGAGAGAAGACAGAGCCUCAGAAUUGGAGGGCUCUGAAAGAGCAGCUUUUCAACAAGUUUAUUCUGCGUCUUGUGUCAUGUGUUCAGCUGGCAAGCAAACUUUCCUUCCACUACAAAAAAAUCAGCAACGUUACAGUCCUGAAUUUCCUCCAGGCUCUAGGGUAUCUACACACUAAAGAAGAACUGCUGGAGUCAGAGCUUGAUGUUUUGAAGUCCCUGAACUUCCAAAUCAAUCUGCCUACUCCCCUGGCAUAUGUGGAGAUGCUCUUGGAGGUUUUAGGAUACAACGGCUGUUUGGUGCCAGCCACACAGCUGUAUGCAACCUGCCUGACCCUACUUGACCUAGUCUAUCUUCUCCAUGAACCUGUAUAUGAGAGCCUGCUGAGGGCUUCAAUCGAGAACUCCACACCCAGUCAGCUGCAAGGGGAAAAGUUUACUUCCGUGAAGGAAGACUUCAUGCUGUUGGCAGUAGGAAUCAUUGCAGCAAGUGCUUUCAUCCAAAACCAUGCGUGCUGGAGCCAGGUUGCGGGGCAUUUGCAAAGCAUCACUGGCAUUGCCUUGGAGAGCAUUGCCGAACUCUCUUAUGCAAUCCUGACUCACAGCGUGGGAGCCAGCACUCCAGGUCGACAGCGGCCUGUUCCUCCCCACCUGGUGGCCGGAGCACUGAGGGCUGCUACUUCUCCAACACAUGAGGCAGGCGGAAUCCACCCAAAAUAAACAGCCUUCUGUCACUGCACUCAUCUCUCCCUUUCCUUACUUUCAUACUCAGGGUACAGGAGUUCCAAGUAUCUUCUGAGCUGUGUUUUAUAUUCCAACUUGAUGCUUAUUUUUCUGCAUCAGAGAAAGAGUUAAGGUGAAUAAGCAUGUCCUUUUCGUCGUACCAGACUGAAAAUGUCCAAGAGCUGGGACAAGAUAUUAGAAUUUCAGUGAAAUUAGUUUAUUUUCGUUUAACAAGAUAUUUAUGGCUUUCCUCUUAACUGUUCAUUUUAUUAAGGGAGAACAUCAGACAUGGAGAUUAGUAUUAACCAGGGGCUCAAAAACUGAGACCAUCUGGGUGACCUUGACUGAGCAUCAAGGAGGUAGCCUUUAUUUCCCCUUAAAGUUAAACAUCUCUGUUCUGUUACUGAGAGCUACACAAAUAGGGCUUUCUCUACAGCUGUCUACUUUUCAUUAAAGUCUUUUUAAAAAACUAACACCCAUCUCUAAACAUGUUUCAACAGACUUUCCACAUACCUGCACUUGAACUCAAUUCUCCCAGAAUACAAAGUACUCUAUUCUAGUUAAAGAAAAACCCAACAGUGCACCUCUGGGCAGUUAUCAGACUGCAGUAAACCUUUUAUUACAAAUAAUUAAAUCUCUCCAUGAGGUCUCAAACAGUAUCAAACACAAUUUCAUAUCUCUAACACAGAGCAGAGCAGGCAUUCAGUACUAGAAUCAAGUGAGAAGUGUUAAAUUUCAAGCUUCUGAUCACCUCACAUGGUGACCAAAGCUUACAUGUCAUUUUCUCACGUUAUCCAACUGUGCAUCUCACACAUCUUGUAGUCUCAGUGGAGACAAAAGUUUCUAUUUCAUAUUCUAAGUGCAGGAAGUUGAGAGAGAUAAAAUCCAGUGAAAACACAUCAAUCUCAAUUCAACUCAGUUUAAAAAAAAAAAAAAAGCAAACUUAAAUUAGUUGUUUUGCGGGGACAAAGGGAAAGGAAGGCAUGGGGUUAAGAGUCAAAACUGUGACAAAGGCCAGUUACUAUACAUGGCAUGUUGUAGCUCUGGAAAGUAUCUGUUAUAUUUUAAAAUAAAGUGGCUUUUGUGGAUUUUUUUUCUUUUUUGGUAUUUGUAAACAUGUGCUGUUUAAUAGUACCCGAAUUUAAUUUAACCCUUUUUUUUUUUUUUG